AUGAUAUUGUCGCCAGCUGAGAAGGACUUUUUGUAUGAGUCUCUUAUCCAGAAGCCACCAAUACGGCCUGAUGCUCGAAAAGAAUACCAAUAUCGCCCCUUGGAGGCUAAAACUUCUUUUUUGCCUGGAUCCAAUGGCUCAGCCAGAAUAAGACUACUGGAUGGAAGUGAGUGUAUAGUAAGUGUUAAAUCCAAAGUGGUCUUGAAAACACAGGAAUCUAAUAUAAUUGAGGUGGAUAUUGAUGUUUCUGGGUACAGAGAUGACUCUAACUUCGUCUCUACUCUAAAGUACAAUCUCACGAGCAUGAUAAUGAAAAACUUCCCUAUAGAAUGCUUGCAACUCACGUCAAAGUAUACGUUCAAGCUAUUUAUUGAUUGCAUUGUUAUUAGCCAUACUUCGUAUCCUUUGAGCUUGAUUAGUUUUACGAGUUAUUUAGCAUUAAAGAGUACAAAGCUUCCUUUGCUAGUUAGUGAAGUGAACGACGAAGACGUUGAAGAACAGCCUACAUUUUCAGAUGACUGGGAUAGAGCAGUAUCUUUGAAUGAUUUUUUUAAUAAUACAAAGUUUCAGCCACCCAUCAUAAUUUCAAUAGGCACAGUAGGAUCAAAUUUGCUAUUCGAUCCUUCGGUGGAAGAGGAACAAGUUUUAGAGAAUGGACUAGUUAUAAGUUUUCUGGGAGAAUCGGUUAUAAGUCCAAUUAAUAAUUUGAACCUUGCUACCAAUUCAAACAAUAAUAAUUUUAAAGGAGUUAAAAAAGAUGUUAUUUUAGAAAGCUUGAGAAUGUGCAAUAAACAUUGUGGAUUCAUUGUGAAGGCUCUAGAUAAUUUAAUAGAGCAGGACGACGGUGGAUAUAAUACAAUAUUUUAA